AUGCAGGCUGAAUUCGAGAUGAGCAUGAUGGAAGAACUGAAAUUCUUCUUGGGAAUCCAAAUCAAUCAAGGAAAGUAUUGGACUUAUGUUCAUCAGUCCAAAUAUACAAAGGAGCUUCUGAAGAAUUUUAAUCUUGAAGAUUGCAAGAUUAUGGCAACUACUAUGCAUCCUACUUGUAGCCUGAAUAAGGAGGAAAACAACUCUAAAAUGGAUCAAAAUCUUUUCAGACGUGUGAUUGGUUAUUUUAUUUACUUAACUACUUCUAGGCCUGAUAUUUUAUUCAACGUCUGUUUGUGUGCAAGAUUCCAAUCAGAUUCUAGAAAAACUCAUUUAACUGUUGUUAAGAGAAUCUUUAGGUAUUUGAAAGGAUCAACAAAUCUAGAACUUCUCUAUAAAAAAUCCCUAGAUUAUAAGUUGAUUGGAUUAUGUGAUGAUGAUUAUGUUGGGGAUAGAAUUGAAAGAAAGUCCACUAGUGAAAACUAUCAAUGCAUAGGUGAAAACAUAAUAUCACGGGCUAGCAAGAGAUAG